AGAUAGCCCGAUCAAUGCCGCAUUCAAAACCCAAUGGUUCAUAAACUUGCCAUAUGUUGCUGUCAAAGCUCCGUAGCGGAUGACUGGAAUUAUGCAAUCGCACGCAAUCACACGCCAUUCGCGCUGGUCGUAACCCAUCAGGUUGCCCCGCCAUAGUCAGAGGCAGGUACGCCCGACGCCCGUGGAUGAAGCCUCUUUGACAUCACCCUGCACAUAAGCAUGUGGCAGGUAAGAUGGAGGGGCUGAGGGGUAAUUGCCAACAGCGAUUUGCACCCUCUCGCUCAACUCUGAAGAAUCAAUAUCAUCUUCUUCUCCCACAUCCUCGAAGCUCUACAAUUUCAACGCUGUUAGCAGCUUCAACCGCCAAUUGAUCAAUCGACAUUAAUCAACCGCUACCCAAGCGACACGAUACCAAAGCAACACAACACCAAAGCAACACAACCCACAAUGGCUGUCCCUCCCAAGUUCGCCGGCCACAAGCUCGAAUUCGCCCCGCCGACAGCUUCAAGCUCGUCCGUCCCGCGCGCAACUCAUACUUUUGAGCUCUACCUCGACUACUGCUGCCCAUUUUCCGCCAAGAUUUUCAAGAAUCUCACAUCCCAAGUUUUCCCAACCAUUCGCGAGAAUUCCGUCUGGGCCAACAGCCUCACCGUCGUCUUCCGCCAGCAGGUGCAGCCAUGGCACCCGUCUUCCACGCUGAUGCACGAGACCGGCCUCGCGGUGCUGCGUCUGGCUCCCGAGAAGUUCUGGGCUUUCAGCGGCGAGCUGUUCGCGGUGCAGACCCAAUUUUUUGAUAUUUCAGUGGUUGGAGAAACCCGCAAUCAGACGUACCGUCGCCUGGCUAAAGUCGCCGCCAAGGUUGGCGUCAGUGAGGAUGAGGUCUAUAAGCUGUUGGCCAUUCCCGAGAAGGCUGGCGAGGACGGGUCGCUGAACAAUGGCAACGCCGUGACCAACGACCUGAAGGUGGUCACCAAGAUGAACCGCCUGGUGGGCGUCCAUGUUACUCCUACAGUAGUUCUUGACGGCGUCGUUCAGGAUACUAGUUCCGGCUGGACGCUGGAUCAGUGGAAGGAGUUUUUUACCAAGAACAUUGGGUAGGAGAGUGAAGGUGAGAUGCACAUAGAGAUGGUAGUGUACUGAAAAUCAUAUAAAGAGGCAUUAUUAUUUUUGAACAAUUUAAAUAAUUAACAUGACUUUGAGAAAUCGGAUUGAAGCUUUAUAAACGAGAAUGCAAUGAUAGAGCUACCUGUUUUAGUGGCAG